AAAAAAAUUCAAUUUAUUUAUAAAUAAUUUCUUGAUGUGUUGGUGUAAAUUUGUUUUUUGUAAAUUAAAAUUGAGAGAAUAUUAAAGAAGCGUCGCCAUAAAAUACUUCGAAAAAGUCCAUACCAUUGGUGCUUUUCUCAGUCCGUGCUGUGCUUUGCAUCGUGGCGGCAGCGGCAUUACUCAGGAAGAAAGAAAUAAUCGAGAUAUCAUUAUGAUUUUUUUAAAAUUUUUUGUCAAGCACCGCUUUAAUAUACACCUUCAGUAUUUAUAUUUGCUUUAUAUAUUAUGCGCUAUUUAGAAACGGAUCUAUACUUUGAGGGUCUUCCACCGUUUAAUGUGUCUGGAAGUCCUUUUAAUGUGGUGCCAAUACAUCAUUAUCCCGAGCUAAUGAAGGCAACGUGUGCGCUUAUUAAUGCCGAAUGGCCACGCAGCGAAACGGCUCGAAUGCGUUCAUUGGAGGCGUCGUGCGACACAUUACCAUGCAGUUUAGUUUUAACAACAGAAGGUUUUAAUCGUGUUAUAGCGCAUUGCAAACUUAGCCCAAUACAAGCAAAAAAGAAGGCGUGCUUUAUUGAAUCUGUGGUGGUGGAUAAGAGUUUUCGUGGGCAAGGCUUUGGAAAACUAAUUAUGAAAUUUGCCGAAGAUUAUUGCCGCGUCGUUUUAGAUUUAAAAGUAAUUUAUUUGUCGACUAUCGAUCAGGACGGUUUCUAUGAACGUAUAGGCUAUACGCAUUGCCCACCUAUAUCAAUGUACGGACCUAGGCAUUGCGAAUUACCAAGUUUGAAGACUGCAACUAAGAAAUACAUGAAGAAGGAAUUAUAAAACAUUUCCAUGAAAUGUUAGUGAUAAAAAAAAAGAAAAGAAA